AUGUUGAAGACAAGUCUGUUGAUCUUUGUUCUUCUAUUUGGGUUACUCUUCAAGUUGGAACGGUUCAAUUGGAAAUUGGUGAUAAUCAUCGCUAUCAUGACCUUUUCAGUCUCACUCAUGGUUAUCAAACCAGACCCUCUAAAAAAUGGUGCUGAUGAAGUUGAUGAUGCUAAGAGUCAGGCGGAUGUUACCUUUGGAAUCAUCCUUAUACUCAUAGCUUCAAUGUCCAGCGGACUUAGAUGGUCGUUCACACAGUUGCUUCUUAAAGUGAAUCCUAAUACGUCCAACCCCAUCCAAGCCAUGUUCUAUCUCAGUCCGCUUAUGGCCACGUUACUCUUCAUUACGGGGUUCACUUUUGAAGGCAUUGGAAAGUUCUUCUCCCAUGCUAUAUGGCAAGAAAAGGGGUAUGCUCUAACCACCAUAUUGAUGAUUUUCCCUGGUAUAAUGGCCUUUAUGAUGACUUGGUGUGAGUUUAUGCUCUUACAAGUGGCCCCCUUGAUUACUCUUUCCAUUGCAGGAAUCUUUAAAGAGUUGGUCACCAUUGUCAUUGGGUUCCUUGUGUUUGGGGAUCACUUAUCAUCAAUUAAUGUUGUGGGUUUAUUCAUCACCUUGGCCGACAUUGGCUGGUACAACUAUUAUAGACAUUUGGAAAGACUAGACCGUCAGCAACAGGCCAAAACAAAAUCGUAUGAAUUGAAUGAGUUAUAG